CAGAGACAUCUUCUGUUGUGUCUCUCCCCUCUUAUAAAUCAGAGCCAAGCCAAGAGAGCAGAUUUUGUGGAUCAUCAUGUUCACGUAAUGACAAGUACUAUCUACAUACAUAACAUUACACAGAGUGGAUCAUUUUGAAGAUAUUUUUAAUCAGUAUAGCUUAGCAGCCUAGUUUGUGGCAAAUAAUGGGAAGAUCGCCGUGCUGUGAUAAGGAUGGUCUAAAGAAAGGGCCAUGGACACCAGAAGAGGAUCAGAAACUCUUGGCUUACAUUGAAGAACAUGGCCAUGGAAGCUGGCGCUCUUUGCCGGAGAAAGCUGGUCUCCAAAGGUGUGGAAAGAGUUGCAGACUGAGAUGGACUAAUUACCUAAGACCAGACAUCAAGAGAGGCAAGUUCACUGUACAAGAAGAACAAACCAUCAUUCAACUCCACGCUCUCCUCGGAAACAGAUGGUCAGCGAUUGCAACUCACUUACCUAAAAGGACAGACAACGAGAUAAAGAACUACUGGAACACACACUUGAAGAAACGUCUGGUCAAAAUGGGGAUAGAUCCAGUGACACACAAGCACAAAAACGAGACUCUCUUGUCUUCCACAGGUCAAUCCAAGAACUUAGCCACGCUUAGCCACAUGGCCCAGUGGGAGAGUGCUCGGCUCGAAGCUGAAGCAAGGCUAGCUAGAGAAUCAAAGCUUCUCCAUGUACAGCAUCACCGAAACAACAAACCAGCAGCUCCUGAUUAUUGCUUGGCUCACAAGUCAUCAUCAACAAAUUGGACAAAACCAAACCAAGGAAACGGAGAUCAACAGCUUGAGUCUCCGACGUCGACGUCGACGGUGACAUUCUCCGAGAAUCUCCCUCUGAUGAUCAUGCAUUUAGGAAUCCCCACGGAAAACAGAAACAGCAGAGUCGCCGUCUCUUCUUCCAUCAAAGAUUCCGACCACGACUGGAUGAAGCAAAUCAACUGUCCAAAAGAAGGAAUCGAAGAAGGAUUCACGAGCCUCCUGCUCCGUGAUUCAGUUGACCGGAGUCUCUCCGCCGGUAAAAACGACGAGAGUGAGUAUAGCUACUAUGAGGAUAACAAGAACUACUGGAAUAGCAUUCUCAGCUUGGUUGAUUCAUCACCGUCCGACUCUCCGACGAUGUUCUGAUCUAAUGGUCCACAGUGAUUCCGCCAAAUAUUUAAAAAAAUUCUCAGAUUGUUAUGUCGAUAGCUUCCAAUACUUUUUUUUUUAUUUUCUUUACUUUAUUUAUAUAAAAUAUAUCAUGGUAUUGUGAUGGAGAACUUCAUGAAAAUGACCAUUUUGCAAUAUAUAUAAUAUUCCUUUGGUUUUUGCAUAA